ACUCCCCACCAAACCAAAAAACAUGGCCGCCUCCUCCUCCGCCGCUCACGACCAGCACAACCUCCCCAACCCCUACUCCGCCGCCACCGCCACCGCGGCACCGCCGCCCACCCCUUCAGCACAACCCAAUCACAGCCAGAACCACCACCACCUCACCACUUCCGCCUCCAUGGCAGCCGACACCCUCUCCCGCCUCCUCACCCGCCUCCCACCAUCCCUCUCCCUCCCCGCUCGCCUCCGCCCCUCGCCGCUCUCCGCCGCCGCCCCAGCCGUCGCGCCACCGAUCCCUCCCCCAAUCAUCACUCUCUCCGACUCCAACGCCACCGAACUAGUCCUCUCCGCCGCCUCCGAACACGGGUUCUUCCAACUCGCCGGCCACGGAAUCGCCCCACGACUCGCCGAUUCCGCCGAGUCGGAAUCGCUCGCGUUGUUCGAACUCCCCGACGACAGAAAAGAAAUGCAGUUCCCGAGGAACUGGCCUCUGGGAUUCGAGCCCGAGGAAGAGGACCGAAACGGGGGGUCGUUUUGGCUGGACGACUCGGCGACGACCGAGUUGACGUCGCUGUCGUCCUUGCGGGAGCUGACUCACGCGCUGGAGAAAGUCGGGUUGGAGGUGGUCGAAAUGCUGGCGCGUGGGGUCGGGUUCGAGAACCCGUUUAAAGGUGGGGAAGAUCCGACCCGAUUAUGCUCCGUGAUGGUGUUGAGCGAGAGCGAGACAACGAGCGGCGGGGAAACGCCUUCGGGCGGCGGGUUCUACCCGUACGUGGUCGGGUUGCAGUACCAAAUACGGAGGCAGAAGAAGUAUCUGCUGCCGGGUUCCGGGUCAGAUUGGGUCACCGUCUUGCCCGAGGUGGAGUCGGUUUUGGUUACCGUCGGUGACAUUGGACAGGUGUGGAGCAAUGGGAAGUUAAAGAAAGUGAGGGGGAGGGCAGUGCCGUGUUUGGAAGAACUAGGAAAUGACAAGAAAAGAAGUAAUUUGGGAUCAAAGAGGAACAUAUCCAUGACAUUGCUGCUGACUCUUCCAUUAGAAAGCACAAUCUCACCACUAGUUUCUGAUAUUAAGCUGGAAUCUAAUUGUGAAGAAAAGGAAGAAGAAGGAGGAGGUGGAUCAAUGAAGUUUAGGUCAAUUGAGAUGGAGGAUUAUGCGUGGAGAGUUUACCAUGAACCAUUUCUCUUCAAGGAUCCACUCGACAGAUACCGCUUCUAGAGCCUCCAGCCACCCAAAUAGGGAAUAUUAUUUGGAGAUUUUUAAUUGUUUUGAAUUUUCCCGUGCGCUUGUAUUUAAUUUAAUUUAAUUUAAUUAAUCCCGUUAUUAUGCGUACUUUUGUUGAAUUUUGUUUGGUAUUUCCUUGUGCUACCAGAAGUGUGCCUUGCUGUCAUCUUCUGUUUUUUUCUUUUUAUUAAAUUAUAUGGUUUGUCAUGUGCAUAUUAUAUAUGUCCUG